GGGUGUAGAGCGGCAGUGGUAAAAUGGCGGAUCAGCAACGCGGGAUUUCACGGAUAAAUUCUCCCCGUGAUAUACACGGUCGUUCGACGGGGAGAGAACAGUUGAGGCUCACUUUUGGAAACGGUUCCAAGAAACAUCUGGGGAAUGCCAGCAAGCUUCCGUCCAGCAUACCUGGUUUCAACUACCCAGUGCGAACUGAACGGGUAUGGUUGCCACCAAAAAUUCACUCAUCAGGAAAGCUCAAGAUAUCACCUGAAGAGGAGUACGAUUUCACCGCAGAAGAUCUGAUGGACCUUGGUGAGAUUGGCAGAGGUGCAUUCGGCACUGUCAACAAGAUGGUUCACCAGAAAAGCAACCUGGAAAUGGCUGUGAAGCGCAUCCGUUCCACGGUCGACGAGAAGGAGCAGAAGCAGCUGCUGAUGGAUCUCGAGGUUGUGAUGAAGAGUAACGACUGCCCCUACAUUGUUCAGUUCUAUGGGGCCAUCUUCAAGGAAGGUGACUGCUGGAUCUGCAUGGAGAUAAUGGACACAUCACUGGAUAAAUUCUACAAGUUUGUUUAUGAAAAGCAGCACCAACGCAUACCCGAAGCUAUCCUGGGAAAGAUCACGGUUGCCACUGUAAAAGCCUUGAAUUACCUCAAGGAUAAGUUGAACAUCAUCCACAGAGAUGUGAAGCCCAGUAACAUUCUGCUGGACCGACGAGGCAACAUCAAGCUCUGCGACUUCGGCAUCAGCGGCCAGCUGGUGGAUUCCAUCGCCAAAACACGAGAUGCUGGCUGCCGCCCAUACAUGGCGCCUGAACGUAUAGAUCCUUCCAGUGCCAUUGGCUACGACGUCCGGUCUGAUGUAUGGAGCCUAGGAAUAACCUUGAUUGAGGUGGCCACGGGGCGGUUCCCGUACCCAAAGUGGAACAGCGUCUUCGAGCAGCUGACCCAAGUUGUGCAGGGGGACCCGCCGCAGCUUAGCCCUAACGAGAACGGAAACUGCUUCACCGCCGAGUUCGUCGACUUUGUCAACACCUGUCUCACCAAGACCGCCCAUACGCGCCCCAAGUACAAGCAGCUUCUGGAUCAUGACUUCAUCAGGCGUGCCGAGCGGGACACGGUGGACGUUGCAUUCUACAUCAGCAACAUUUUCAGCAAAAUGAAUGGCAUGUCUCCCUGAUGAGAGAGAGUCAUCCCUGAGGGCUUCCCAAACACUUGUCACCUACUGCGCCCGCACGCAGUCAACACUGCACAUCACCGACCGAGCAGGGUUGCCGAAGGGCCGGCUCUUCUUCCCCUUUUCCCCUGUAUGAUAGCAUAAGCCUGUUGUGACGACAUCAACGCCCAUGUCGACAUAGUUCUGGUGUUGCCAGUCAUGAAACCUCUUGAGUGCACUGAUUGGGGCCUAGCUAAAUUAAAGGAGUGGUGUGGUGGAUGGACGAAGAGACAGUACGAGCACUAACUCACAGUUGGUUGAGAGCUGUCGUUGUUUAAACAAAGCCAGAAAUUCUCUCAGUCUGCAGGCACCAGCGCAUUUGAGCAACCAGGUAGCAUUGCAUCAAGCAAAAUGCAGCAGAUCUGACGAGUUCAAAUCUAUAUACAGUGUAGACCACUUAUAACGUAAGUCACCGGAUUCCCGUUGUCCGCACUCUAUAAGCGGUACUGAAUUAUAAUCAAAACAACAAUUUUCAAGGCCUGCACUAUGCAAAUCGUGUGCACCAAGCAGCCACGCAUAUGGGGCAAUAAAGGAAUGCGGCCAGAACAUUUGCAUUCAAUUUAUAAGCGUAAAGAGUUACCUGUUUCUGGAUGCCCGAGGACCAGCCAUUACAAACGGUCUUCAUGUAAAACAGACAACACACAAAUCAGAUUCAAGAGAUGCUUUUAAUUCUCGCUCCAAGUGAAAAAAUACCGUUAUUUUGCUCUGGCGUUGCUUCUUAACGGCCUUGCUAACCACUUCAUCUUCUACGUCGCUUAGGUGUUUGAGAGCCUCUUCACUGAGGUUAUUUGCAGUGCAUAAAACUUUCAGUUUGUUCAGAUAGUCAAGUGUGUCCUUGCACAAAAAGUCUGGGAUGUCGAUGUCAUCCUCAUUGCGCACUGACUCAAGCACAGCCUCUUCUUGGUCACCCUGCACUGCUGCUACUAUGGCUUCAUCAGUCAUCGCUUGUUCGCAGUCGUCCACAUCGUCAUCGAUGGCUCCGAAAAAGUCUCCAUAAGGAUCGCUUUAAGAGGCUUUUGUUGUUCCUGACCAAGUCGGACCAUACUUCGUCCACGCUCACUGGCUAGUUGUCUUUUUUGUCAGUCGGUGCAUUGGCGCCGUGGUCGCGGAUGGAGCCUGCCUUUUCGAUGCACACCUCAAUCAUCAUUAGUUUGGCUUGCCACCAAGACGCAGUGACCAUGUCUAUCGCAGCUCUCAAAUCUAUUUUGAGAGGGCCCUUACCAUUGCAAAUGCAACAUAACUUUCUCACAUAUGCUAUUCUUGUAAAGCACCUUGACAGUCGCAAUAACGCUUUGGUCUCAUAGUAGUAUUGGCCGGAAGGAACUUCAAGCUUACAGCCCUCAACAUUGACUGCAUGUUGUGAGCCGUGCAGUUAUCCAAAAUGAGGACAACACACCGCUUUUUUGCGACCAUUUUUUCGUCAAACUUUUGUAGCCAUCCAGUGAACAGGUCUUGAAUCAUCCAAGAAUUGCCGUUUGCUUUGUAUGUCACGGGUAGAUAAUUCGUUUCCUAGACGCAACGCGGCAGUGCAUAGUUCCCAAUUAUGAACAAGCGGCGCGUGUUUGGCCCAUCAAUGUUGGCACAGAACAAGACAGUUAGACACUGUUUAGAAGCCUUGUGGCCAUGGAAGGACUCACCUUUCAUUGCUACAGUGUGAUUUGAAAGCAGGUUAUAAAAUAGUUCAGCUUCGUCAGCGUUGUAUAUAUCGCGGUCCACAUGUGCUGCAAGCUGCUUUGAGUUUAAUAUUCAGCCAGGCUUGUACAGCGGUGUCAUCGGCUUCUUUGCUUUCGCAAGACGCAACUCUGCAGGUUAUCCUGCAACUGUCCUCGAACAGCUGAAUGCAACUGUUUAGUGGGUUGAAUUCAUUGCGCCACAAAAGAUGGCAGAACACUUCGCCUUUGUUUGCAAAAUAGGCCAACUUAUCGACAUGUUCUGUGCCCAUAAUUCCUUGAACCAUUGGAACAAGGCAGCGUCAACGUCUUCAUAUUUUGCAGCAUAAAUACUUUUCCUAGAUGCUGACGCAGCAUUGAUAUCCAACUGCUCUCGCACCUUGUCCCGAUUCUUCCGAAUUGCCGAUACGGUGGUGUCCGUAAUGCCAUAUUUUACAGCCAUCUCAGGUUCUUUUUUUUUUUUUUCACCCCAUUCUCCACUUCUUUCAAGAUGUUCACCUUCAUUUCGAGUGAAACAGCUUGUCGUUUACUGGCACCUGGUAGAGCGGACGAAGACAUCAAAAGUAUGAAAUCGUGAUCAGUCAGAGGCAAAAUCCGAACACGAAGAGAGUCGAGGCUUCCGGGCUGACAGACGAAGCUAGUCACUCUAGCCAUGCUGCACCACAUUGUUCGUUCGCUACAUGUGCCCUUCUCCUCCGGACAAUGACGUAGUGUCUCUUUCUUCCUAUAGUGCUCCUUGGGGCACUGCCUUGAGAGGAGCAUUUGUCAUCUCGGUUGGCUUCCGGACUUCCAGGCAGCCACACUGUGACCGGUAUUUCGACUCUCACAAUUGCACUAUGAGAGAUGUGCGUCUACAUAAAGUGCUUGGAAAAAUUAACAGGAGUGUGAAAACACCGCAUUAUAUCUGGUCCUGCACUUUAAGCGGUUACAUUAUAAGUGGUCUAUACUGUACAGCAAAGCUUUGUGUGAAUGCAUAAAGAGUCGAAACACAAGUUUGUGUUUGUUGAAUGUCUGCACAGAGUGUCACAAAAAGGCUUUGUUCAGGCAUUGUAGAGAGGCUAAUCCAAUGCUGCUGCCUCGGAUGCGAGCACCGUCUGGUAGUGAUGCAAGGAACCCAGCGGCACGCACGACCUCUGCUGUGAUUGGUUCACCUUUUCAACUAGAGAAUAGCCAUGCUGCAGCACCUAACGAAAACCCGGUGAGAUUUGCAAAGAAAAGCUUUGCGUUUAAUACAUAAAAGGUUGCGGUCAUGUUGCACCUAAUGGUCUCGAAUGCGGCUUUUUUGCCUCGUCAGUGCAACUGCAAUGUAGGACACUUGUCUCUUUACCAUGUAAUGGCACUAGCAUGCAGUGCGCCCAAAGUUCCCUGACGCAUUCAUGACGAGUUAUUUUCCUGUACGAGAUAUAAGAAGGGUGUUGCAGAAGCAAAUUGGCAUCUGGUGCCAUUGACUAUAACUGUGCUUGGUUGCCAUAGAAACUAUGCAGACUAGGCAAUUGUCUUUUCAGCCCUAACAAGUGACUCCAUGUCCCUAGUAAUGUUUUUGACGCCAUCUGGCCGCACCACAGAGCAGAGUUCCUGCUUCCAAAUGUUUCUUAUGCUCUCUGAUUGGAAGUUAUUUCCUGUCCUACCCCUACUGUCUUUCUGUGCUGCCUUUCAGAACUUUCUCUUGUUUUCUCUUGUCAGUUACUGCUUGUAUUGCGGAUCUCAGCAGGUUGUGCCAAUUGAGAGUUGUGGGCUAUAUACAGAGAAACCUGUGGUUUACACUUAACAACCCUGAAAGAACAUUCAGCAAUUUACAUUGUUCUUUAGCUCAUCUUUUGCUGCAAGAAUGCGUUUUGUCAAGAUCUUUUGUUGCCAUCAGGCAGUAAACCAAGUCCAUUGACCUGCAGCAUGCUUGAUUCUCUAGUGGCACGACUAGCAUACGAUGGUGGUCUUCCUUUUUUCCUGGUGAACCUGGCAAGCAAAAAUUUCAAGUGCUUUAUUCAACUACAUGUACAAAAAAAAAUUCAGUGUCACUGCAAAAUUUCAGUGAAGACCAGCAGUGAACAUGAAAUUUUAUUUUGAUGCAGUCAAAAUAAAACGUAGGAUAUAUAGCAUAAUGUAAGCCUCUCAUGCAAUAUAUUGUAAACAGAUGAGCAGUUUAAUGGCAGGAGUGAAGAAAGACUUGACAAGGCAUACGCUCACUUACAACUGAUGUUUAUUGGAAAGUUUUUCACGAAAGCAGUAAUUCACACUUGCACAGUCAUACAGGGCCAACAGUGCCAGCGAUAAAAACCUUUGAUAUCAGAUGUAUCUAAUUAGCCCCUUCAAUCACAUUGUUCACAUUUAUGGACGCGACCUAUUUUUGCCAUUUCUGUGCAGUGGUAACAAGGAAUAGAGCACAAACAUUAAGCCUAGGGUAAAUUGAACAUUCCCCCAACCCAAAUUACUGCCAUGUUACUUCUGAGUGUUAUGUAUCGUUACAGGUACCGCUUUGGUGACGGCACUGCCAUGUUUUUUUUACGUAACGUGGUGCAUGUCGGUAGCAACCUCGAAAUAUUUGUUCUUUAUUUUUUUAAAUGCUUGCCACCAAUAAAUAACUUGUGCAUGUAAUUACAGCGGGUGAUUCAAACCUUUCCAUGAAGAAACAUAGCAUGACUGACUUUGCAGUAUUCAAAUAUUUAGUUACUCUGUAAUUAUGAUGACCCAUCAUAAUAUGUACAGAGAGUCAUUCAACUAUUUGAUUUGUUUUCAGUGGAGUCCCAAGCACCCUGGCAUAAAAUUACCUGUGUUUCACACAUGUACCGACAGUCUGUCAUAAUUCGUGACUGAAGGGACUAAAGACCGUAAAUUUAACAGUUAAGAAAGCCUGGGCCCUAUAAUGGAAACUUAUUCCAAAAAUUUUUCGUUCCAAUCUCCUGACGUCAAAUUUACGUAACCACCGAUGCAAGCAUCAGGCAGUGACCCGCAGCGUUGCCUGAACAGCCCAAUCAAACGCCCUCCUCGUUUAUAGGAAGUCACUUAUGCUUGCUUUCAGAAUGAAUAACAUUGCCUACAUUGAGCGGUUUUUCUUAUCUAAUUGGCUGACAAGAGGCGAGGAGCACACUCACGUGGAAAGGGUAUCGAUGAGGCCGAGCCAGCGCACUGAAAAUAGAUAACCGGAGGAAGAGAGAGGUGCCGGUGUCUGCGAUUGGUCCGCUUUCCCUUACUUAGCUUGCUGUGGCUUGUCUAAAAUCGUGGCGGCACUGAACGGACAGUUAAAAAUGCCACUAAAGCAAAUCCUCAGCAAAGAAGAGUUGGAAGAGCAUUGUCGUAUAUGUGCCGAAAGGACUCAAUAACAUUAUAUGGCCACGCAAGAAGUUUUGUUAUACGCAAAUAAACUCAUGCUCUCCCCCAGGUGUGAGUAGCCAGUGCCUGAGCAAUCAGCGACAGGCAUCCUCUAUUCCUUUCACAAUGGGGCAGUCUCCGGCUAUUCAGAAAAGAAUCCAGUUUUGUUUGGCAUAUUAAUGCAUCUUUGUCACGUACAUGUCACUUUCACGCAAUAAGUUCUCGCGGUUGUGUGACGUCAAGUGACAAGCAGGUGAAGUGGGUGCAGCCUGAAAGCUUUUGACCAAUAGCAGAGAGUUAAUGGCGAAAAGGCAUCGAAUUAGAAAUAAUUACUUUUCUUUUGUUCAGUCGCAUCAUGCAUAAUCAUUGUGUACACAUUAUAUCAGAUUGGGAGCUAUCGCAGUUUUCAUGACGUCGCAUGACACACAGGCGAAGUGGGGGUGGUCUAAAGUUUUUGGCCAAUCGCAGAAGGCUGAUUGCAGAAUUGGAAUAGAAAAGUUUGGAAUAGUUUUACGUUAUAGCGCCCCCUAUUUCUUUAUCAGUGAGUGCUACAGAGGUCACACUAAUGCACGUGGCUGAGUGUACAAAAACCUGGCCAGCUUCUGUGAUCUCCCUUGCCAGUCUGUCUUUUGAAUUGCUAAGAACGACCAUACAACUAAACAACAGAAUGCACCCGCAAUCUUUACAGUGCGCAGACAAGUGUACACAACCCAGCACGACCUUCAAAGACACUAAAUGCUACCCGAGUCUGUCAUUUAGACACCGAUCCAUCUGUACGAUGUAAACAUUUCUGCAGCUCAGCCCCAAAUGUGCUUGACAUGCUCUCGUGCAAGAUUGAAACAAGCAUAAUAUGGCUGUGAACAAAAGGACAUUCUGGUCUUUAAAGAUCUUUGCAAAGCAUUGGAACAUAUUAUUUCAAAUAUGCAAACAUGAGUUCAAUGAUUGUGAACAGUCUGUUGUUGCGGGGAAGGGACAAUAGUAAAGCUUCAUGACUGGCAAAACCUGGGGCAAAAAUCCAGAGUGUAGGUGCCGCAACUCUUAGCAAAGUUCCUCGACACUACUACAGGCUACCAAAGCAGCGCCGAGAGCAUUUGAAUAUAGCUGCUUGGACUACUAUUGCUGGAUCCAUGCAAAGUGCUGAUGUCUGUGCAGUGAGUGUGCUCCAGUAUGGCAUGCCAGAUGAUGAAACAAGUGUUCAAGUCAUUCUAGUGUGUCUGAACACACUGCUUUGGAAUAAGUUGUUGAUAGGGGUUUAAACUCAAGUCUUUCAUUUCUAGAUUUCUCUGUAUUUCUUAUGGACUGCUUAUUUUUAUAAGAUUUUGUAAGCUAGUGGAUGUCCCAACUAUAUUACUUUUGUGGUUGUCUCCUGUGGUAAAUGCAGUGCAAGCUGCAAGCGCUUUCGUUCUUUACACAAGUUAACUAAACUGUUUGCCCAAUAGUGGCAUUGACCAGUUUUGCUUAUUUUUGGCGUGCUUUGUUGGAUUGACACUGGAUGUUUAGUCUGUUAUGCUGACAUUGUGAAGCAGAAAGGAAGUGGUAAGCGGCUUUGCUCAGAUUUAUUUUAUUGCAGUUGGACUGAGCCAGUAAAUGAGUUGCUGGUCCUCUUAUUCCAAGCAUGCUGGUAUUUGCCAUCUGGUCUGUGUCUAAAAAAUACAGAGCGCAGCCAUUAUGUACAUACUGUACAUAGACAUGCUCUUAAUAGCUUUCCAGACUUUUGACAUCCUGCAAGAUCUGACAACCGUUCCUUCUGUUUCAUUCGCAGUCUCAAUUUUAUGGAUUGGGCUUAGGAGAAACUUGUGCCCUAGUUUUUGAUGCAGUCUUAGCACUUUGGCCUUGCAUUUGGCGUACAGUGUAAUCAUUGCUAAAUGUUCACAGGCACACUCUGAUGUUUGCUGUUUAAAGAUGCAAUUACUCCUGUCUUUUUUAAAUGCAUGUCCACAUUCUUGUUGACUGCAAGAUUUCAUUUUAGUUAACGACAAUUCUAAAUUAAAUUUCUGGAAGACACUCGAUCUUUAUCUGUUAGUACAUAUGUGUAUGAACCUUUGAAAGAUGGCCAUGGGGCUUGUGUCCACCUUGCAGAUAUUUAAAAUUUUGGUGUGCAAGCUAAAAAAAAACAUCUAAAGUCACAUUAAUUUGUCAUAUGUUCUUGCAAGUAGCUUUGUUAUGGGCUACAUACAUACUCAAUUUUUUGCAUAGUGUAGGGUUUCGGCCCCCGCUGCUGAAGAAAAACAAAAAAAAAGCAGGCUCCUUGAUGAUGAUGCCAGGAAAAUGUAUGCCGAUCAGAAAUUUGUACCAGCAAUACCUGAAACGAACUGGCUGUAUCGUUUGAGAACCAACAUAUUUUGCAUAAUAGCCUCCUCUCCUGGCAUUUGCAGCAUUUGUGGUGUUGAAGAGGGAGUGAUGGUGGUUGCAGUUGUAGCUGCACAAUGGGCUGUAUGUUACUCAAGAGGCUUGCCAUGUGCCCAGAUUACCGCUGUAAACGGUCCUCGUUGUCGUCUCCAAGCUGUGCUUGAGUACACGAGUUGGAGGUGCACACAUACCAUCAUGGCCCGACCUGUGGAUGUCAUAUUCGUUCUAGGCAGACUCGUCUGAAACACUUUAUUCUGCACCAUUUCUUUUCUUAUUAGCAUGUAGCUGUCACAACCACAUGCAAAGUACGCCUGCAGAACUCCUGUUUACUGGGAACGGUGUUUGUGUCGUCCUUAGACAAGACUACCGCCGCCAGCUCCUUUUCCAAGCUCAUAUGGUGAUGUUUUGUUUUAUUGCAAACAUGUUUUAUGAAAGAAAUGCAAAAAUAAAGGAAAGAUCUAGUCUGA